AUGUUUGAUGAGAAGGUGCUUAGGAGCAGUAUGAUGAUUUGCAUCAUCCUCCAUAAUAUGAUUGUGGAGGAUGGGUAUGAUGCCCCAGAGAUGUUCGAACCCGAUCCCAUGAACACGACAUUGACAAGAAUUUAUGAACGGCACGUGAGAGCAAAUGGACAACCACUAGAGCACGAACCAUUGAUUAGGGACAGUCGAUGA